AUGAAUAUUUAUCUAACUAUAUCACUAUUUUUAUCUGUAAAGACUAUUACUUUUAGUUCUUUAUAUACCUAUUCUUAUCUAUUAAUGUAUCCAUUGACCACUACAAUUACACAACAACAAUUGGUUUCAUGGAAUAAAUUGGUUGCAAACCCAAAGAGGGACUUUAGAGUUAAGGAUGUUCUUUUCAACACUUUACAAAAGUUUGGAGAAAUCAUCGUUGUUUUUUAUUUAAAUAAUAAAAAGUUAUCAAUUGGAAUAUUAUAUCUUUUCAAUUUAUUCAAAAGAUAUAUAAAGAUAAGGAUUGGUCAUUAUUAUUCAAAAGAGUUUAGAAUGGAAAGUGUUGGAAAGGAAGUGAGUGAUGUUGUUUUAAUGAAACUCUCACCAUUACUUAAAAAGUAUUCAAUACCAUUGGAUAUAAUUAGAGAAUUCUAUGAUCCCAAAUGUCCUUCUGCUAGUUGUGUUUCGUUGGGACCUUAUAGAUCAGUCAUUCAACUACCAAAAAUAUUCAUCACCAAAUUAACAAACUCAAAUGAUCAAUCAACCUAUCAACACGUACUAGAUUCGAUAGUCCACGAAAUAUAUCAUGUUAAGCAAUGGCAUGCAGUAUGGGAUUUAUUGGUAUCAAAUUUUCUCAAACCAUGUGUAGAAUCAAUUUGUUUCAUAGCAAUCAUUCAAAUUCAAUUCGAAUCUGUUGGUGGAAUGGAAUUUAAUCAGUUGUUCAAUAAUAAUAUUUUUAAUAAUAAUAAUAAUAUUUAUUUGAUUUUAAAAGUAUUGGUACUAAGUGAUAUUUUUCUUCAUUUCAAUCGUACUGAAGGUGCAACUACCGAUGCUAUGGAUAGGGCAGCUGAAAAUGGCCACUUUGAUGUGGUUCAAUUUUUACAUUUUAAUCGAAGUGAAGGAUGUACUAAAAAAGCUAUUAUGUAUGCAUGCGACCGUCGACAUUUGGAAAUAGUAUCAUUUCUAAUCAAUCUCAGAAAAGAGGAAUGUACUGAAAGACUACUCGAAAGAACAGUAAAUUUAGAUGGUCCCCAAGAAAUUGUAGAGUUUCUUGUCUCACAACUUUUAGGUAGCUUGUCAAUAGAAUUAAUUCAAAGUCUCAUAAGACAUUUCAAACAACGUGGCUAUUUUGAAGUCAGACAUCAACUCAAGAAUCAUUUGAAAGCUAUAGAAGCUUCAAAUAAACAAACAGUCACAAAACAAAAGUCAUAUCAAUAG